CUCACCUAUUUUUUUUGUUCACUCUCUUUUCUCCCUUUCUUAUUUUAUUUUAUCCACUACAUUGUUUUUGUGCUUUGUAUCUACACACAUACAUUUAAACCAAUAAACAAACCAAGACACAAUGGCUACUAAAUCAAACCUUGCCAAGGGAGGCUUUAGCUUCGAAAACUUUGCUAGAAACCAUGCUCUCGAGGCCAAAGGUGCCAAACCACCAAAGGCCACCAGCACUGGUACCACCAUUGUAGGCGUUGUUUUCAAUGGUGGUGUGUGCUUGGGUGCCGAUACAAGAGCAACUGAAGGUCCUAUUGUAGCUGACAAGAACUGUGAAAAGAUCCAUUACAUUGCACCCAACAUCUAUUGCUGCGGUGCAGGUACUGCCGCUGAUACCGAAUUCACAACUAACUUGAUCAGCUCUCAAAUCGAAUUGCACAGCCUGUCAACCGGAAGAAAGCCCAGAACCGUCACUGUCAUGACUAUGUUGAAACAGAUGUUGUUCAAGCAUCAGGGACACAUUGGUGCUGCUCUUGUUUUGGGUGGAUUCGAUGCUACUGGCUCACACUUGUACACUGUCUACCCUCACGGAAGUACCGACAAGCUUCCCUAUGUUACCAUGGGUUCUGGUUCAUUGGCAGCUAUGAGUGUAUUUGAGAGCAGAUGGAGACCUAAUAUGACUCGUGAGGAGGCUAUUGGAUUGGUAAAUGAUGCCAUUGAGGCUGGUAUUUUCAACGACUUGGGCUCUGGAUCAAAUGUGGAUGUGUGCGUGAUUGAAAAAGACAAGACUGAUUACCUCCGUAACUAUGGUCGUCCCAAUGAGCGUGCAGUAAAGGAGCACAGCUACAGAUACAACAGAGGUACCACUGCUAUCUUGAAGCAGUCUAUCAAGAAUUUUGUUGAAGUGUCCGAAGGUGAUUUGAUGGACAUUUCUGUAUAAAAAUAUAAAUAAAAGAAAAAAGCAGAAGAUGAAGAAUAAGAAUACGAAACAAGGAAACAAUGACAAAUAUAUAUGUAUGUAUAUAUGUAUGUAUGCAUAUAUGUAUAUAUAUAUAAUCAGGAAACAGAAAUGCACAAAUCCAUAAAUGCACAAACAUAACCAACAAUGGGUCAAUAUAUAUAUAUAUCUUUUCUUU